GAGGGCAGAACUCCCUCUCUCUUUCUCUCCGCUCAGUUCAGACAGAGCUGCUUCAGGAGAGGAAGGAAGGAAGACAGUCCUCCUCACAUCUUCUCACGUCUUGUUUUUCCUUUUUCCCUGCCCUGAAGAGUUGCUCACUCACUCUCUCCUUCCUUCCUUUAUUUUUCUCCUAAUCACUUUCUCUCCUUCUCUUCUCUCUCUCUUUUUUCUUUCUCUCUUUCUUUAGUAGAAAGAAAGUGUGUGUGUGUGUGUGUUUGUGUGUUUCUACUGGGGGGUCGGAGCUUCAGCGCUGCUCCUCAUGUAGCACCGGGGCCAAAGAAAGUUUAGAGGAAACAAAAAACCCAGGAAAAUAAGCUCCUCCAGCACAACACCAAACACUGAAGAGGAGGAACGAAAAGGAGGAAAGAAGAAGAGGAACGAAGGAACGAAGGCUGGAGAAGCUGAAGAAAGGCUUGGAGCAUCUUCUCUAAACUCUGAUCAGUGAUGUCUGCUCUCUCUGUGACCCAGUGACCGAUAUAUAGAGGUGAUUUGAGGUGAUUUAAGGUGAUUUAAGGUGAUAUAAGGUGGUUUAAGGUGGUUUAAGGUGGUUUAAGGUGGUUCAGCUGCAGGUGUCCUCCUCCAGGCUUAUGGACUCACAGAUAUGAAGCUGAAUGGUCUCCACUGGGGGCUGGCGCUCCUGCUGGCGGCGGUCUCGGCUCUCCCAGUCUCUGCUGGAAACGGAAACGGACAGAAGCGAGGACCAGGAGAACGGAGGAGGAAGGUCCACCGCCUGCAGCACGGCCAGUGCAGCUACACCUUCAUCCUGCCGGAGAUGGACGGAUGCAGGGGUGGAUCUGCUCAUUCUUACGGAGGAAGCAACGUGGUCCAGAGAGACGCACCUCCAGGGGACGGAGAGUGGUCGGUGCACCGGCUCCAACAUCUGGAGACGGCCAUGGAGAACAACACCCAGUGGCUUCAGAAGCUAGAAAACUACAUCCAGGUGAACAUAAAGUCUGAGAUGGUUCAUAUCCAGGCGAAUGCCGUCCACAACCAGACAGCCACCAUGCUGGAGAUCGGCACCAACCUGCUCACUCAAACUGCAGAGCAAACCAGGAAACUCAACGUCGUCGAGGCCAAGGUUAUAAACCAGACAUCCAGACUGCAGAUUCAGCUGUUAGAACAUUCCUUAUCAACCAACAAACUGGAGAAGGAGCUUCUGGUUCAGACCUCAGAGAUCUCAAGACUACGAGAUAAAAACAGUCGUCUGGAGAGUAAAGUUCUGGUUCUGGAGACGCAGCAGCGCACCGAGCUGGAGGACAUGAGGGAGGAGAAGGAGCGUCUGAGGGAUCUGGUGGGGAAACAGUCCGCCGCCAUCACCGCGCUGGAGAGACAACUACGAGCCGCCAGCAGCAACAACUCAGCCCUGCAGAGACAACAGCAGCAGCUGAUGAAGUCUGUUCACACACUCAUCAACCUGGUCUCACCUGGAACAGUGUCUGACUCCAUGCCGGGCGAGAGGAGGUUUCGAGACUGUGCUGAAAUCUACAAGUCUGCUCACAAUAACAGUGGAGUUUAUGACAUUUACAUCGGAGAGGCGACCGAACCAACAAAGGUGUUUUGUGAUAUGGAGACCAGUGGAGGAGGCUGGACUGUGUUUCAGCGCAGAAUCAACGGCAGCGUCGACUUUCAGAGAGGCUGGAAAGAGUACAAAAUGGGCUUUGGUGAUCCUGGUGGAGAGCACUGGCUGGGGAACGAGGCUGUGCACCUGAUCACCAGCCGCUCCCAGUACUCCCUGAGGGUGGAGCUAAGGGACUGGGAGGGAAAUGCGCCGUAUUCACUCUAUGAAAAAUUCCAGCUUGCCGGCGAAAAACAACAAUAUAGGCUUUUGCUGAGGGGCUACAGUGGCACAGCCGGGCAGCACAGCAGCCUGGCAUCACAUGGCACCAGCUUCAGCACCCGAGACUCUGACAACGACAACUGCCUCUGCAAGUGUGCGCUAAUGCUAACCGGAGGUUGGUGGUUUGAUGCGUGCGGACUCUCUAAUCUGAAUGGGAUGUACUACACUCUGGGUCAGAACAUCAGGAAGCUCAACGGCAUCAAGUGGCACCACUUCCGAGGCCCGAGCUACUCCCUUAAAUCCACAGCCAUGAUGAUCCGGCCCGCAGAUUUCUGAUCUGGAGAAAAGUUGGACCUGCGGUUGAGGAACUUUAUUUCAGUGUUUGGAAAGUGAGGAGUUAGAGAAGAAACGGGGACCUGCUGUCGGAACGAUUGAUCUUCUUCAAAGCUGAAAGUGCUAAAAAAGCGUAAUUUGGAGAUUGACAUUAAAAACAUUACACUCUCUCUCUUUCUUUCUCUCUCGUUCUCUUGUUCUGUCUUUCAUGGAUGGUGAUCUCACACAAAGGAGAACUGAACUGCGAUGGACUGAUUGCUUUGGCGGAUUUCCACUGCAGUCGUUUGGUAUCUGUGAGGUCAGGACGUUUCUUUGUUUUGACAACGUCAGAUACAAUAAAAACUCCACGGAUGAAGCCUGAACUCUUCAGGCUCUGCAGAAGAUGCUGGUGAUUCCACGUGUUCAUACCUAAAGACUGUGAUGAUGAACAGAAUAUACUGAACUCAUCUUCCUUACAGACAAUCUACAGACAAUCUACUUUAUAUAAGAACUGUUUUAUUGCUCAGAUCUCAGAUCUGAGGUCAGAUAAUGGGACAGACGUUCAGAUGAUGGACAGAUGGAUCUCUUUAAAUAUUAUAUUUUUUGACAGUUUAUGACAGUUUACUGAAUGUGCAGUUGAUGAAUGAUGCUAAUGAUGUUUGUAUGUGUUGAUAUAAACUGGAUGGGUCUAUCUGUCUCUAUCUGUUAUGCUCUAUCUGCUCAAACAUUCAUCAGACGUGAGAAGACGUGUGGAGUAGCCUGAAUCUGUACUUAAUGAAAGAUGUUUUUAUUAUACUGUCAAAUAAAUAAUGACAGUAAAAGUAAAGGUAAUUUUCUAUUAAAAACAAAGUGAAAGAACAAAA